AUGGCCACCACAGCAGUUAAGGCAGCAGAGUUCAUUGCGGAGAUAUCACAUCGAAUUGGAGUGCCUAAUCGGAUCAUCACCGACUUGGGUACCUCUUUCUCGGGCUCCGAGUUCUGGGACUACUGCCAAGAAAGCUGCAUCAACGUCUACUAUGCCUCCGUGGUGCACCCCAGGUGCAACGGCCAAGUCGAAAGGACCAAUGGCUUGAUCCUCCAGGGGCUCAAGGCUAGAAUUUUCGAUCUGAUCGAAAAAUACGGUGCAAAGUGGCUCCAAGAACUACCCAGAGUAGUCUGGGGGCUCCGCACACAGAAAAGCCAGACUACCGGCUACUCGCCAUUCUUCAUGGUGUACGGUUCAGAAGCAGUCUUUCUAUCGGACAUAGCUUUUGGUGCUCCGCGCAUCCAGAACUACGACGAAAAUGAAGCCGAGUCGACCCGGCGCACUGACAACGACUUGGCAGAGGAGCACCGUCUGACGGCCUCCAUACAACACGCGAGAUAUGAACAGCAGCUCCGGUGCUAUCAUGAUUGCAACGUCCACGAGCGAGACUUCAAUGUCGGCGACCUAGUUCUAUGGCGAAUCCAGUCGACCACCGGCUCUCAUAAGCUGUCUUCCCCGUGGGAAGGACCCUUCAUCGUCAGCCGAGUAGUGGUUCCAGGAACCUACUGCUUACAAAGGUAA